UUGCUUCAGGUUAUUGAUUCUCUUCUCUUAAGCCCCUCCAUACGAUCGCCUUCCUUUCCUCCGCCACCCCUUGGCGAAUCAGACACGACCUACGAACCGUUGUAUACAUUGGAGGCGCGUUUCCCCCGCAGGAAGACCCCUUACCGAGAGGACAAUAUGACCAAGAAGCGGCGCUCUCUGCAGUCUAUCUUUAUACCCAACUUCUUACAGCCUUCCUCUUUCGUCUCUGUUCAUACGCCUACUAGCCCCACUUCGCGUUCGCGCUCAGAAUCUGUAUCAUCGAACCUAGCGCGCCAAAUAUCAUCCACUCCAUCUACAGAACCAUCUCACAGCGACUCGACCUCAUCGUCCCCACCUCCAGACUAUCUUCUAGAUGAGGACCCUUUCGCGAACCUGUCACCUGCCCCCAUCAAUUCUACCCCCCUCCCGUCAGCCUCAUUUGACGUGCCAACGCUGUCCCGCCCAUCGCUGGACUUGGUUACCACCGGAUUAUCUCCGCUUGCGAAAUCUCGUUCUCCUCUCGCGGUAACUCCCAAUUCUGAGGAACCACGGCGCCGCCUCUACAGCAGUCCGUCAUCACCCUCGUUGAGAGAGACCCUUCCUUUCAUUUCCACAAAAACGUCCCAUUUUCCUGUUCACGCGACCGCUCGUCAUCGGCGUCCCGCCCACACACGGCCGGCGUUUGUCACACGUCCAUCACUCCCUUCUUUACGUACCCUUUCCCAAUCUAAUGCGGCCUAUCCCAUCAAGGCGCGCAAGGGAUCCUUGGCCGCUCGGCUUCCUGCCGAGCCUUGGGACAUGGACAUGGACCGCAGUUCCAAUGAACUCGAAGCCCCGAAGCGGGUGUUUGCCGUAGAGCGGAGUCGGGACCUGUCGCAUCCCGAUUUAGACACACUUCACAUUAACUCGGAGCGAGUUCACAGUGAGGAGCUAAAUGUUCAUUCGGCGGAGCUGCCGAGCGCAGCGUGGACAUCUUGCGAAGAUUCCUCUUCGCACGCGCGGACUGAAGGGAGCACUCGCUUCGUUCAAUCGCCCGACUCCCUCGAGGACACCGCUCAACACAGUCUUCACAACAGCAACACCGUGAUGUUCGAUUCCUUUUGGGAUAUAGUGGAGGCUCUGUCUUCGCCGACACAUUCACGAUCCUCUUCUGCUUCUUCGACAUCUACAUUCUCUCCUCCUACUUCCCUUCCUUCGCUGCCACGAUCAAGCGAUGAUCUAUCGGCAAGCGGGUCAUCUUCUGAUCAUUCAUCUCACAGCCAUGCUCGGGUUUUCUCUGAAGAGCUCGAACUUGUUGCUGACCUUGAGACUUCCCAUCAUUCAUCGUCUCAAUCCGCCAGUGCCAGGUCAGCAUCUUUGUCGCCUGAUCCAGGCUACACACCCCACAACACCAUCUUUCUCAGCUCUCAUAUGCCAGGUGAAUUUCCUAGUUCUGAAGACUUCGAACCAAGCUCGGCAGGCACUGUUCGUGGCUCGUUGUACUCAAUGGCAGGUGACAGGCCAUCUCAGGGAUCUAGUGGCGAGGAUGAAGAAUGGCACUCGAGUUAUGAAGAUGAGGCCUCAUAUGGCCAUAUCAGCGAGCCCAUCGAUGGAGGAGACGAACAUACAAACCAUCACCGCCGGGAGAGAGACCACGAUGAGAACUGGGGAGAUCGGCGCGGCGACGGUGGCAGGGAACAGAGAGGGUACGGCGAUGGAAGUUCCAGUGGAGCAGGCGGUGGGCAUAGUGGGGAUGGAGCUAGUGGAAGCGGCCGACGCAAUGGGGACGACGAGCAAAGAGAUGAUCGCCGUGACCGUGAUUCUACGUCCGCGUCCUCCACAAGUGAUACUGAGACUUCUAGUUCCGACGAUGAGUCUGAUCAUCCUCAGGGAUCUCGCACCCAACGCUCGACCGGCGCUAUGCCUGUGCAAGACCCAAACACGAGUGACGAUGACGUUCCGCUAGCCCAGCGGAUACCGACUGCACUCACUGCACAGCGAACGAUCCGAAGACAGGUCCGCAACGAGAACGAUCAGCGCCGGCGCGAGCGAGCCCUCAGACAGCAACAGCAAGAACGAGGUCGACGGCCUUCAGACGCUCAUUUGGAUGUUUCUCGUCACACACCCCGCCGCCCUUCAUGGGACUCGAGCUUCGCCGCUCGUCCGACCGAUCUUACUACUUCGGGCAUAUCUCCUUCGCAGGAUGCCACGGUCCCCACUGCACCCUCGCGGAUGACGCGCCCUCGCACCAAGACGUUACCCGGCAAUAUGCAAAGCCCCAUGAUCGAUGAUCUCAACAAGCGAUUGCUCAACUUGCAUCCAUCAGGCCCUCCUCCUACUCCUUCCAGUCGCAGGUACAUGUCGCAAGCCGAAAGCCCACCAAAAUCUCCUGCCUAUGCUCCUGGCCAUGCUUCAGUCGCCACGGCCGAAGAGACACAAUCUCAGAACAAUUCGCAAUCGAGGACCUUACGGCCGAUGAAGCUCUUCGGGAACUGGGUACCAGUAUUUGGGCAGAAGUGCGACAACGUCGCGGACAAUUCAAAACGAAUCGCGUUUAGCAAAGGCCGCUAUACCUCCCAGAGCUUCUACGACCGACGCCGCGCCCCACCGCCAGAAAUCCCUCCGUUCACACCCUUCAAACGGGGAUGGGACACGGCCUGGUACAUCUUCUACUCGUACCUCGGCUGAGCACGAUAGGACACA